AUGAAGACGAACUGCAGCCAACUGGUGCCCGUCCUCGUCGUCCUGGCGACGCUCGCCGUCGCUGCCAGCGCCGCGGCCGUCGACCCGCCGAAGCCGAAAGGCCAGCAGGUCCACCUGUUCGAGGCCACGGUCCGCGUCCCGGACCGCGGCAGCGACGACCUCGAGGAGUACAACUUCCGCCUGCUCGCCGAAGUGCUCGGCAGCAUCGAGGCAGCACGGACCGCGAUGUACGAGACUGAAGUUGGGGAAUUCAGCGCGUUUCUCACCAACAAUCAGGCCCGUCGACUGUCAAAAGUGCCAGGGGUGCUGAAAGUCACAAGAAUGGAGGACCCUGCCCCGCUUCCGGAGACGGACGGCCAUCUCUAG